AUGGUCCAUCGAGUCAUCAUGAUGACCCCAGUGGUGGUGGUGGUAUUUACCCUCAUGGUCCUGGCCAUCUUCGCCACACUGAUCGUCCCCAUCCUCCUGGCAUCCGUCGUCGUCAUGACUAUAGUGACCAUCGUGACCAUUUUCUUCCUCGCCAUUGUGGCCAAGACCCAAGCCAUCUUGAAAGGCAUCGGCAAUUUCGUGAACACCAUGAACGACAUCUUGGAAGCCGUGCUCGGCAAGGCCGAUGAUGUGGUCAAGACCCAUGAUGUGUGGAGAUUUCACCUGAACCUGGGCGGCGGAAAGUCUGCUCCUAAACCAGCUCCGAAGCCCGUCACGAGUUCUGCUCCUCAUACAAGCCCAACUCCCCAGAAGCCCACACCUCCCACACCUCCCCCAAAGCCAACACCACCGGCAGCAGCAGCACCACCACCACCACCAGCACCACCAGCACCGGCAGCAGCACCACCACCACCACCAGCACCACCGGCAACAGCACCACCACCGGCAGCAGCACCACCCCCAGCAGCAGCACCACCAGCGAGUCUACCGACUGGCACACCUGGCCUAGCGAAACCACCACCAGGGGCACCAGGAGCGCCGGUAGAGCCGCCAGCCGGCAUCCCUGGGCCGUCGAGCACACCGUCUCAACCUCUCCAAGCACCAUCUGGAGUACCAGUUGAGCCGCCUCAUACGCAGCCGGGGUUAUCUGGUCAAACUCCCCAUCCGCAGCCAGGAGCAUCAGGUCAAUUUUUUCCCGGAAACCAGCCACAGAAUGAUCCGGGGUUCGACCUACCAGGGCUUCCGCAAGACGGCGGCUAUGGCCAGCAACAACCUCCUCGCUCGGGGGGAUCCAGCUGGCUAAAUCCUCUGGCGGAAGGCGCCGGGCAAGCCCUUCCAUAUGUCGUUCCGCAAAUCGCUGGGCAAUUUCUCCAGCCACACUCAUCGACCCCAGCGAACCCUGCGUAUGGGAGUAUGCCCCCGGACUAUGGCACCGGGAUGGGUACAGGUAUGGAAGGCACAGGUAUGGAAGGCACAGGUAUGGAAGGCACGGGGAUGGAAGGUACGGGUAUGGAAGGUACAGGUUUGGAAGGCACAUAUGCAGAUCCCAACGGGCAAUAUGCGGGUGACACAGAACUAUACCCCGAGGAUACAACCUACAGCACAGCUCAGACUCCAGAAGCAGGUGCCACCACCUACGGGGGCACCACAGCAGGCAUAGCCGGCACGGGAUUCGACGACCCCGAAGCUGAUCAAGAUGACCUCGGAUACGACGAUAUCAACGAGACUGGCGCAUCUACUGCCACCGGCAACCAAGCCGUGCCUAUGAGUCAAGGUACUGCAGCAGCAGCAGGAGGAGUAGGAGGAGCUCCUCGCGCCAUGUCACACAUGGCGGCCCACGGCGUGGCAGGGGGCAUUGCCCAACCGGCCCAAGGUCAAGGACCAUACGACGAUGACGAUGAGCUGUACGACGAUACAUACGAGGAUGAAAACUAUGAGGGAGACGACUAUGACUAUGAAGAAGAGGAUCCCGAGGAUGACGGCCAAGGAGGAGCUGGUGGUGUUGGCACUUCCAACACUUACCAUCCCGUCGCUCCACGGGUCGGGGUUGUCAUGCAUUGA